AUGGCAGAACAUGCGAUUACACAAGGCGCCAUCAGGAGCAUCUUUGAACCCAAUGGCUGCUUCGUGGAGCACCCAGUUCUACAAUGCGUGCAGAUCAAGACGAUGGAGCCCAAGGCGGGCGAGGCGAACCCAGUGCAGCGUUUUCGUGUCGUCCUCAGCGACAUUCGCAACUUUGUGCAGACCAUGAUUGCGACGACUGCCAAUGAAAUCGUCACCUCCGGACAGCUCAAGAAGGGCUCAAUAGUACGGCUCUUGAAGUACAAUCCCCAGCGCGUGAAAGACAAAAACAUCCUCAUCAUCAUGGAUCUCGAAGUCCUUGCGCAAUACGGCGAACUCGAGAAGAUUGGACAGCCCGAAGCCUUGUCAGAUACGAAGGCGGAACCGCAGCCUGCCGCCAUCUCAGGCAACAACUUUUACGGUUCAAAACCGGCACCCGCGCCACAGCUACAGCAGCGGUCGCUGCCUGUUCACCAGAGCAACCCUGACACAUCUUCACACCCACAUCUGUAUCCUAUUGAGUCUUUAUCUCCAUACGCGCACAAGUGGACAAUUCGCGCACGAUGCACCAGCAAGAGCGACAUGAAGGAAUGGCACAACCAAAAAGGAACUGGCAAACUCUUCAGCGUCAAUCUGCUGGAUGACACUGGCGAAAUCCGGGCGACGGCUUUUACUGAAGUUGCCGACAAGCUCUAUCCCAUCUUCGAAGAAGGCGUGGUGUACUAUAUCUCGGCACCGUGCAAAGUUACAUUCGCGAAGAAGCAAUUCUCGAAUCUACCCAACGACUAUGAGCUACAGUUCGAACGAGACACAGAGGUUGAGAAGGCAACAGACCAAGAUAACAAGCCGCAAAUUCGGUUCAAUUUUACCAAGAUUGGUGAUCUGAAUUCAGUAGAGAAGGACACGACAAUCGAUACCGUCGGUGUUUUGAAAGAAGUUGCCGAGGUCACCACAAUUACUUCGAAGAAUACCAACAAGGACUUCAGCAAGCGGGAGUUGACACUGGCGGAUGACAGUCAAACUUCGGUACGACUUACCGUCUGGGGCAAGACAGCAGAAGGUUUCGACGCACCGCUGGAGUCGAUUAUUGCAUUCAAGGGCGUCAAGGUAUCCGAUUUCGGUGGACGCAGCCUUAGUCUUCUGAGCUCAGGCUCCAUGAUGGUCGAUCCGGACAUUGACGAGGCGCACAAGCUGCGAGGAUGGUUUAACGCUGUCGGUCAGAACGCUACAUUUUCUACCCAUCAAAAUAUGGCAACAAGCUCUGGUGGCGCCAAGAACGAUGCAAAGAUCAUCUCUCAAAUCAUCGAAGAAGAAAGCUACCUCCAAGACACGCCUUCAUACAUGAGCAUCAGGGCGUCCGUUUUAUUUGUCAAGAACUCCACCUUCGCAUACCCGGCAUGCUCAACGGCAGGCUGUAACAAGAAAGUCAUAGAAGACAACCCCGGCUCGUGGUGGUGUGAGAAGUGCCAGACCAGCUUCCCUGAGCCCAACUAUCGUUAUGUGUUGAGCAUCAACGUGGCGGACCACACUGGCACGCUCUACCUCAGCUGCUUCGAUGAGGCUGGACAAGCGAUCGUCGGCAUGUCAGCCAACGACGCAAUGAAGAUCAAGAUGGACGAUGACGAAAAUGGCACGCAAAACAUCUCUACUGUCAUGCAAGAUGCUACCUGCAAGACGUUCAACUUCAGGGUGCGGGCGAAGAUGGAGACAUACCAAGAUCAACCUAAGCCUCGAUAUCAAGUUCUGAAUAUGUACCCGCUUAAUUAUGCGCAAGAAGCCAACAAACUUGCUCAGCUCAUCAAACAGUACGACAUCAGCGAGGACAGCUUGUUCGUGAACUAG